AUGAAGCAUUUCAACGACGAAAAAUUGCGUCAUCUGAGGAACAAGCUAUUACCCGGAUCUAUUGAAUUGGAGCGUAACGAAUUCAUCAGAUGGGGCCGGGAAGCCGGAGUUCUUCUUGAGGAUAAGAGCUCUUUGGAGAUCAAACUCCUGGAUGUCGACCAAGGCGAGAGCCGAGAUCAAAUCGUCAACACACUCAUAAACAUCGAAUCAACCUUGGCAGCAAUGUACGAGCUGUUACAAGAGAAGCGAGUUUCGGGGGAAGAUAUUGCGAUAGCAGACUCAAACAAGGAGUCGGUCUUGGAGGUUAGCCGUACAGAACGCGCAAGAAAGCUGAAAGAGCAACUAGCGGUACUCGUCGAAUGCAACGAAUCUCUGUUGAGAGAUACGAAGAAUCUCCGUGAGUACCGAUACGAAGCUGGAGAGGGCAUUAAGUUAACAUCUCCAACGACAAAGACAGUGAUUCCGAAGAACAGGCCCGAGCCGACUUUGAGCGAGAUGUUCGGUCAGCUGGAUGCGGUCAACAAGAAGCUUGAAGAUUGGAUCGAUGCGAACCUCACUCCCAUGACGAUGUAUAAGCGCUGCCUAGCUGCCUACGGGAAGGUGUGGAGCAACAUCGACGACUUGGAUAAGCCGAUAAAUAGCGAACCGGCACUCGAAGCUACUGGACGCCUGUGUAAGGAUCUAAUCACAUGGGCGGAGAUAACCGGAGUAUGUUCGGAAGAGAAAGUCUCUCUCAACUACAACACUUACACAAGUCCCAAAUUGAGAAACCAGGUCUUAAAUCAUGUCUUAAAGCCACUGCAUAACAUCGAAGCUGCGCUCAAAACGAUGGCCGAAAUCGCGGAAGAAAAGGCCGCCCCAGGAGAACUGCUAGCCUCAGAACUGGACUUGGGACCGGACUCAGGAUCGGCCCGUGUCCCUACGACAAAAUACGGUUCUUUAAGCUACCCAAAUUCACAGAAAAUAAGGCUCACACAAGAGAGCCGAAAGCUUGUCUACAACCAGAGUCUUCUUGGGAUCUAG